AUGUUUGGCUAUUUGUAUCCCGGCGGAGAGCGAUAUAUUGCGGAUCCAACGCAAAGCCAACUCAUCGAAUCGCCGAAGAAUUUGUUGAACGCAUUCCCCAUCUGGUACAGAGUACUCUGUAUAGAACGAACGCCUCCGAGUAGCAAAGCUAUUGGCAUGGGCCCUCACUGUGCUCUGUACUUUCAGAUACCGCUAAGUACCUUGCCACCGGGGGAAGGUGAACUCACAUAUUCUCUAGUUAAACGUGUUCUGGAGCUCUUAGAGAAGUUCGACCGACGAACACUGAAGAUGGCGGUCACCUGA